AUGUUUACUGAACAAUUCCUCACAUUCUGCCAAGAAUUUAAACCCACCAUGAAUGAACUGAAGAGACUCCUGAUCACCAAGAUGAAACCCACAGACUGGCAAAAAAUAGCUAAAGAAUUCCCAAACGCUGAUCUCCGCUGCAGACAUAUCACCUGGGAAGACGAAUCUAAUGCCCAGUAUAAAGAUGCUGUAAAUAAACUCUGCAGCGCAUUCACCCAAGCUUUUCCUGCUAAAAUUAACAUGGAGAAAAUCACUGCCUGCAAACAAAAGAAUGGUGAAAACCCUGAUGAAUAUCUCACCCGCCUGACAGACACAUUUAACACCCACAGUGGCCUUCAACCACCUAAUGAAGUAGGAAACACUCCAGGUGUGUGGGAAAUUCAUCUCUGUAACAGUUUCUUAAAUGGACUGAAACCAAACAUUGUCUCAGCUGUAAAAAACUCCUGCAUUGGUUGGGAUGAUGCACGCCUGUCUGAACUUCGCAGACACGCCAUACAUGCUCAUGACCAGAUACUCUCUCAGAACACAAAAAAAGAAGAGACAACACAGAAAGAGCUUCACUUGGCCGCAAUAACCAUGUACAACACAAUCCAGGAACAUGGAGAUCGCUACCCUGGCCAUAGAGGAACAGGACGUGGCCAUCACAAAAACUGGGAUAAAAGACCUCGAGGGGAUGCCUGUUUCCUGUGUGGCAAACAUGGACAUUGGAGACGUGAUUGCCCUGUCAACACUUCAUCAGACGCAAUAGACAAAUCGGACUGA